CAACCGGUCGCCGUUUGUGAUUGGCCGAGCCGAGCUGUCAAUCAGCACAGCAACGUGCGUCACUUCCGUUGUCAGGUGGCGCUGUCGCUGUGGAAAGAUGCGAUCAGCGGAGAGCGAGCAGGCUGCUCCUUAAUUGCUCAUUUCACACAACAACAAUAGCAACACUCACCAGGACCCCGACGGAAGCGGAAUAACUCCACGGCGGUCCCCCGAGAAAUGUGGACGUUGUGAGGGCGCGACGCGAGACUUUUAACCCGCCAGCCAGCAGCAGGUUUGGGCUUGAGAGCUCCAGUAUGUCCAAGCGGCGUGCGUCGGAGAGAGGGGCCGGAGAGACGUCAGGCAGGGCCAGCAAGCUGCAUUGUCCUGGGAUAUCUGGCAGCAAUGCUAAGCGAGCUGGGCCAUUCAUCCUGGGGCCUCGCCUGGGCAACUCACCAGUGCCCAGUAUAGUGCAGUGUCUAGCCAGAAAAGAUGGCACCGACGACUUCUAUCAGCUCAAAAUCUUGACGCUAGAGGAGCGAGUGGACUCUGCUGGUGAGACACAGGAGGAGCGGCAGGGGAAGAUGCUGCUGCACACCGAGUAUUCCCUCCUGUCUCUGCUGCACAACCAGGAUGGAGUGGUGCAUCAUCACGGCCUCUUCCAGGUUGGAAAGCAAGCUAUGCUCCUUUUGGAGUGUAAAGAUUUGGGGGUUUGGCACCAGCCACCGGAUUAG